GGCUCACAGCUUCACAAUGUUUGGGAAAUGCAGGGAUUGCAGAAGAGUCUUCUGCUGCUACUCUUGACCGUUGAGGGCCUGCGCCCACACCACGGGGACGCUGUUGAGCUCGAUGACAACGCCACCAUAGUCGGCAGAUUUGCCAACGCGAGCAAUCAGAGCCUGGAGCUUCAGGAGCUGGAGCGAAGAGCUUCCGAGCCGCUGCGCCACCACUCCGAGCCAAGCAGACCGAGCAGAGGAACGAAGGUCCCACCAGCUCCACAGGAAGUCUGGGACGACCUCAACCUCAGGCUGCCGAGAAAGAAGAGCUCCGGCCGGCGCAGGGGGCAUGAUCGUCGACGUGCCAAGGGCAACAACGCUCGCAGAGUGUUCGUCGACUGCGAUGCUCCUUACAGCUCCUUAUUUGGGCCAGGAGACUGGGUCCGAGUUGGUGAUGAGCCGGCGCAAGUCGAGGACUGCGACAACCAGACCUGCAGGCUUCACCUGCUGCACGGCAAGCUGGAAGGGUCCGACAGCCGAGACACUGCGUCGCCCGUGUUGGACAAGGAGACCAUGGACGUGGAUAGCCAAAAGCUGACAAACUUUGACAGCUUCCAGAGAGGUGACAAGG